AUGACCUCAUCAGGAUGCCCAUUCUGUGAUAUCGCCUCUGCCUCAGCUCCAUUUUCACCUUUAAGCCCACCAACCAGUGACGAAGUAUGUAGACAAGAUGCCUUGCCAGACUCACCUGCGGCAUUCCCCAUCUUAUCUACAAAGCAUGUCCUUGCAUUCCUGGACAUUAUGCCUUUAACCAGAGGCCAUAUACUUGUUAUUCCUAGGAAACACUAUCGUAAUAUGGGUGAUGUUGGGGUACAUGAAGCCAGGCAGCUUGGCCAAUGGCUACCUAUACUCUCUCGAGUUGUUGUCCGAACAGUUCUAGGUGAAGGGAGAGACGGACGAGGGGACGAUCGGGGAAAUUGGAACAUUAUACAAAAUAAUGGUAUACGUGCAUCCCAGACCGUUCCUCAUGUACAUUUUCAUAUCAUCCCCAGACCUGCUUUGGGCACCAGUGCCCCGGCGGGGGGAGGCUGGAUCAUGUUCGGGCGCGGACAGAGAGAUGAACUUAUGGAUGAUGAGGCGGAGGAAUUGGCAACGCUGUUGAGAAACGAGUUAGCAAAGGAGGUAAAGAGAGUUAAAGAGGAGGAAGGUGUUGAUUUAGAGGAUUGCGAGCACAUACCUCGAUCAACUAAGUUGUGA